CUAGCGCCCGAGCGCCGUUCCCUCCCCCAACCCCAACGUUGCCAUGGUAGCGAGCGGCUCCCGGCCUGCCCGGCUAGCGGGCUAAGUGGAGUCGGCGUCCCGUUGCCUGCCCGGGGCUGCGCGGAGCCACAGAAUGGGCUGAGGCGGUGGCGGUUGCCCGGACAGAAGUAGCCGCCAGGCUUGAGGAUGGAGAUGUAUGAAACCCUUGGCAAAGUGGGAGAGGGAAGUUACGGAACGGUCAUGAAAUGUAAACAUAAGAACACUGGGCAGAUAGUGGCCAUUAAGAUAUUCUAUGAGAAACCAGAAAAGUCUGUCAACAAAAUUGCAUUGAGAGAGAUAAAGUUUCUAAAGGUUUGCUUCUUUUGCCUUCGUUGCUCUCAAUUUCGUCAUGAAAACCUGGUCAAUCUGAUCGAAGUUUUCAGACAGAAAAAGAAAAUCCACCUGGUGUUUGAGUUUAUCGACCACACAGUGCUGGAUGAGCUGCAGCACUACUGCCACGGGCUGGAGAGCAAGCGGCUCAGGAAGUACCUGUUCCAGAUCCUUCGAGCAGUCGACUAUCUGCACAGUAACAACAUCAUUCAUCGAGAUAUAAAACCUGAGAAUAUUUUAGUGUCCCAGUCGGGAAUUACUAAGCUCUGUGAUUUUGGUUUUGCACGAACUCUAGCAGCUCCCGGGGACGUUUAUACAGACUACGUGGCCACGCGCUGGUACAGAGCUCCAGAAUUAGUACUGAAAGAUACUUCCUACGGAAAACCUGUGGAUAUCUGGGCUUUGGGCUGUAUGAUUAUUGAGAUGGCCACUGGAAAUCCCUUUCUUCCCAGCAGCUCUGAUUUGGAUUUACUCCAUAAAAUUGUUUCAAAAGUAGGCAAUUUAACACCUCACUUGCAGAAUAUCUUUUCCAAGAAUCCCAUUUUUACUGGCGUGGUCCUCCCUCAAGUUCAACACACCAGAAAUGCAAGAAAAAAAUACCCAAAGCUUAAUGGAUUGCUGGCAGAUAUAGUUCAUGCUUGUUUACAGAUUGAUCCUGCUGAGCGGAUAUCAUCUCCUGAACUUCUGCAUCAUGAGUAUUUUACUAGAGAUGGAUUUAUUGAAAAAUUCAUACCAGAACUGAGAGCUAAGUUACUACAAGAAGCAAGAGUCAACUCAUUUAUAAGGCCAAAAACAUAUUGUAAAGAAAAUGAAUUUAAGGAAGAUGAAAGAAAAAUAGUAUAUAACAAUACAUUGCUAAGUAGUUCUUUUUGGGGAAAGGAAAUGGAAAAAGAGAAAAAACCCAAGGAGAUCAAAGUCAGAGUUAUUAAAGUUAAAGGCGGAAAAGGAGCUAUCUCAGAACUGAAAAAGACAGAGUAUGAAGUGGAACAUUGUCGACAGGAUGGAACGGAAGAUGCUCGCGCUGUGUCCGAGCACACCAGACCUGUAAGCAGCAGACCAGCCAGCCCCGUCAAUUCCAGCACUAAUUCCAGCAGCAUGAAAGAAGAUGCGCAGUCUGGAGGCUGUAUGACAAUGCCACCCAUCAAUCCGACCUGCGGUAAUUUGAUGACUGCAAAUCUCAACUCUAAUCUCUCCCACCCCAAUCCAAGGUUAGCUGAAAGAGCAAAAAGGAGACGCACUUCUUUACAGUAUGUUGGACAAGCUGUGUCUGACAGCAGGCAGGAUGAUGGAGGUGCCGUGCAAAGCCAAGUGGAGAAGAGUGUAUGUAAGGGUCAAAGUGGCCAGGUGGCAAAUGGAAACAAAAGGAAGCUGAAUUUUUCCAGAUCUGACAGAAAAGAAUUCCAUUUCCCAGAACUGCCUUUCACAAUACGCUCUAAGGAGAUGAAAGGAAUGGAAGUUAAGCAGGUAAAAAUGCUGAAGAAAGAUUCAAAGAGAACAGAUUCAUCUAAAAUACAAACUUUACUUCACAUGGACCAUAAGCAAGAAAAGCAAGAGGGUGGAGAUGGCCAUUGUGAGGGGAAGAAUUUGAAGAGGAACAGAUUUUUUUUCUGGUGGUACUGCACCCCGUCAGAUGACACACACAGUACUUCUGCUGAUCUUCGCCCUCUGCUCGUCCCAGCCCUGGAUACUGGAUCAAGGCUGUGCUGACCUACUAAAACUGAGUGGGUAGUAAGUUAUUUAUUGCUAUUUAUAAAUAGUCAUUCUGUUUGUCUCCAAAGAGAUAGUUCCUUGCCUAUUACCCUAUGAUUUGCAGCAAUGCCUGUGAUUAAAAAAAAAUACUAAAUUCCUUCCCCGCUGAGUUGGGCUUUGGCGGUGUAACUUGCUUUGGCCAAUGGCACGUGAAUGGAGCUGAAGUCCAUCAUGGCUGAGCGGGAAGCGUCAAGCACUGUUAGGUCUCUGUCAGCCUUCUUGCUCUUUGUGCUCUGAUACUGGAACAUGAAAACACCAAGUGUCAGCUGCGGGGCUGCUCCUUAAGCUUGCAGCAAAGAAGACACAGAUGGCAGGCACAGCAAGCCCAUGGCCUUGAGAGCUGCAGCCAGUCCACAACUGACAGAUAAGAUCAUAUGAACCCCUGUUGUUUUGUAUCACUUGAGGAUCAUUUGGGUGCCCAGCACACUAUAGGAAAAUUGACCUGGUGUGGAAAGUGUCCCCCUCCUUUAUUUCUGUUCCCUGAAAUACUUUGUGUAUCAUUGGUUUCCUUUCUGAUGUGCAGGGCACAAUGUGGGGAAACCGUCUGGAGUUCUGUUAGUGGGAAUCUCUGCUCCCCUCCCCUUUCUCUCCCCUCCCUCCCGCUCAUCUUUCUUGCCAUUCUUUCCUUUCCCAAAAGAAACUAAAACUAAAGUUUUCAGAGUUUGAUUUUAUGAUGAAGAAUUCAUACACACAAACAUAUUGGGAUCUGGACCAUGGGGUCUCUGCUUCUUCUUAGUUCGUUUCUUUUGGUUAUUCAACAAACACAUCUGUAGAUUUUUUUUUAAGCCAUUCUGUAGUCUCUCUAAAGUUUCUGCUGGUACUGCACAAACUUCUGUCAGAUAACGAACUAGAAUCCACGUGUAGGGUACGACACUCUGGGGGUGACAGCACACAGCACCGGUGCUUCCGCAGCCCCGCCUGUUUGUGUGUGGUUGUUGGAUCUCCUGUGGAAUCAGGAAGGCUGGGGCCUGAGGGAGCAGAAGAGCGUGUGGUCACGUGGGUGUGGACAGGUCAGCUGAAAUGGUCAAGGGCAGCACGUUGUGAUGGGCACAAAGCCAAGCGGAAAGACGAGGCUUCCACUGGCCCUGGCAGGGGGCAGCUGUUUGCUAUGGGCUGCUGGUCCUGUGCCGUUGUCUGGCUAGGUUUUCUGAAAUGAAGAUCUAGAGAACAUUUCCGGGAAGUCAUCACUUCCUGGAACUUCCGGCGCUGAUUUGCGCCCAGCUGGCCUGUUGCCUGUGGAGCGUCUCCUGCCUUCUUUGGAGUCUCUGGGGCUCGUAUGGUGUUGGUUGACCUUUUUUAGUGAGAGUUUUUGGCUUCAUGUGUUGAUUUUGCUUUUGAAGGAUUUGUCCAUUUCACCUAAGUUUUCAAAGUUAGCAGCAUAAAGAUCUUCACAAUAUCUUACUAUUUUAGGAAAGUCUAUAGUUUCCUAGUAAAGUUCCUUUUAUCAUUCUUGGUAUUAGUAAUUUAUAGUUUUUCUUAUUUUUCUUAAUAAUUUUUGCCAAUAAUUUAUCAAUUUAAAUUUUUGAUUUUCUCUGAUAUAUGUUUGAUUUUUCUCUGUUCUAUGUUUUGUGGCAUUAAUAUCUGUUCCUAUCUUAUUUUUUUCCUUCUACUCUCUUUAGAUUAAUUCUGUUUUUUUUCUAACAUAAAUAGCAUCUGGGUUUUUUUAAAAAGAUUUUAUUUAUUUAUUUUAAAGGCAGAGUUACAGAGGUAUAGAGGUCUUCCAUCCACUGGUUCACUCCCCAAAUGGCUUCAAUGGCCAGUGCUGCGCCUGUCCAAAGCCAGGAACCUGGGACUUCUUCCAGGUCUCCCAUGUGGGUGUAAGGGCUCAAGGACUUGAACCAUCUUUUUUUUCUCUCUCUAUCUCUCUUUUUUUCUUAAGAUUUUUUAUUUAUUUUUUUGAGAUGUAGAGUUACAGACAGUGAGAGGGAGAGACAGAGAGAAAGGUCUUCUGUCCACUGGUUCACUCCCCCAAAGACUUGGUCCAUCUUCUACUGCUUUCCCAGGCCAUAGCAGAGAGCUGGAUCAGAAGCAGAGCAGCUGGGACUUGAACCAGUGCCCAUAUGGCUGGCACUGCAGUGCCCAUAUGGAUGCUGGCACUGCAGACAGCGGCUUUUACCUGUUACACCACAGUACCAGCCCCUGGCAUUUUAAGGCUAUAAAUGCACCUCUAAGCACAGCUUUUGCUAUAGCACAUUUUUAUUUUAAUUGUUUAUUUGGGAGGCAGGAGGGAGGCAGAGAGAGAAAAAGAGAAAGCAAAUGCAGUCCCAUCUGCUGGUUCACUCCCCAAAUGUCCACAGUGGCUGGAUUUGGAUGAAAAGCGUAAGGAGGAAGCCAAAGCCAGGAGUUUAAUGCAAUUACUUGAGCUGUAACUGUGGCCUCCCAGGAUCCACAUUUGCAGAAAGCUGUAAUCAGGAGUUAGAGUUGGUGAUUGAACGUGGGUACUCUAAUAUGGGACAGAGGCAUUUUUCUUUUGUUUUUUAAAAAUUUAUUUAUUUAUUUGAAAGAGUUACAGAGAAGGAAAGGCAGAGGCAGAGAGGGAUCCAUUUGCUGGAUCACUCCCCGGAUGGCCGCACGGCCAGGGCUUGGCCAGGCUGAAACCAGGAGCUUCAUCUGGUCCCCCAUGUGGAUGUAGGGGCCCAUGGACUUGGACCAUCUUCUCUUGCUUUCACAGGUGCAUUAGUAGGGCACUGGAUCAGAAGCAGAGCAGCCAGGACUCAAACCGGUGCCCAUAUGGGAUACUGGCACUACAGGCAGUAGCCCUAGCACAAUGCCACAGUGCUGGCCAGAGACAGGGGCAUCUUAACUGGCAGGCUUUGCAAAUAUUAGCUCCAAGUCCAUUCAAUUUCCUAAUAAUAUUUUCUUUUUUAAGGUGUAGUUUAUAUAAAAUAAAAUGCAUGGGUCCUAGCUGUUUAGUUUCAUGAAUUGUGAAAGUAAAUAUACUCCAGUAACCACCAUCCAAAGCAGGACAAAUUACAUCAUCCUCUAUUCUUCAGUCAGUGCCCCUGCCAGGGGCCACCAAUAUCUGUCUUCUAGCAUCAUCAGUUAGUUUCUUUAGGUUUGAGGGUUUGUUUUUUUAAGAUUUAUUUAUUUAUUUGAAAGUCAGAGUUACACACAGAGAGAAGGAGAGACAGAGAGAGAGAAAAAGGUAUUCCAUCUGCUGGUUCACUCCCUAAUUGGCCUCAACAGCUGGACCUGCGCCGAUCCAAAGCCAGGAGCCAGGAGCUUCUUCUGGGUCUCCCUUGUGGGUGCAGGGGCCCGUGGACUUGAACCAUCUUCUACUGCUUUCCCAGGCCACAACAGAGAGCUGGAUCAGAAGUGGAACAGCCAGGAUACGAACCGGCGGCUAUAUGGGAUGAUGACACUGCAGGCUGCGGCCUUACCCACUGUGCCACAGCACUGGCCCCUUGAGUUUUCUGUAAAUGAAAACAUACUACCCAUAUGUAAAUAGAUUCUUAGGGCACAUCUUCUUUUUGCUUUAGUGUCUUGAUCUCAGUGGUUUAGAAGUUCCAUUGACUUUUCUGGUCUUGCCUGCAGCUGAUUGGAUCCAACAGUUGUAGCACCUGUUAAGGAUAAAUUUUGUUCCACUUUAAUUUUUCAGUCAAAAUUGCAUAAGCUGAACAGCUGAUAUAUCUAUAGUCUUGGCUUUGGUUUGUGUUGUGAAUAGUCAAUCCUCCUCAAGUAGAGCCCAAAUGACUGAUUUUUUCCUUGCAAAUUGAUGUGGAUGAUCUGCUGCAGGCCUCAUCUUCAACUUAGUCUCAUCCCUUGUUAAAACAAUUUAUCCUGGGGCAGGGUUUGGCACAGCAGUUAAGUCGCCACUUGAGAUGCCCACAUCUAGUAUAGGAUGCCUGCAUUGAGUCUUGGCUGCUGUACACUUCUGGUCCAGCUUCCUGCUAAUGUGCCUAUUUGCAUCCUGGAAGGCACCCAUGUGGGAGAGCUGGAUGGAGUUCCUGACUCCUGGCGUCACCCUGGCCCAGCCCCAGUCAUUGUGGCCAAUUGAGGAAUAAAACAGCAGAUGGGCAAUCUUCCCUGCCCCUGGAACUUUGCUUUUCAAAUAAACAAGUAAGUCCUUAAAACAAAACAAAAAAAUACCCUGCACAUUCCAGUUUUCAUUCUCACCCAACUGGCAAAGGCUAAUUGUCCACACGGCGAGGAUGUGGAGCAGUGGGAGCUCUCCCGCGCUGCUGUGGGAAUGUCAGCUGGGACAGGCACUGCAGAACGGUGUGGCAUCAUCUAGUAGAGCGGUUGACGGGCGCCCCCCACCAGCUAUCCUUGCUGCCCUUGAUGGUUAUCCCAGAGGAAGUCUUGCACGUGGACUUCAGGAGAGACAAGGGUGAAGAUGCUCCCAGCAGUGUCGUUUGAUAUCUGUACAAUCUGGAAGCAGUUCUGAAGUCCCUCAGUGCCGUGCAGGGUUUGUUCACACGCACAGAGGAAAUGAGUGAACGACAGUGACAGCAUUGGCUUGGAUAACUCUCACUACCUUUUCAUCAAAAAAGCAAGGCACAUGCAGACCAGCACAUUGUCACAUGUGACACCACAUAUGCACAUUAAACACAGGCAAAGCUAAAUUUAUUUAAAAUUCACAACGUAUGGUUAGAUUAUAAAUAGAAGCAAGGAAUAACAAACAAAAAAUUCAAGGUAGUAGCUCUGGGAAAUGUGAUCAAAGAGGGGUAACCGCAGUUUGAAUGGUCCUGUAAUGUUAGGGUACUUGGUUCAGGGGCUCAAGGGAGUUUGUUUUAUUGUUAUUCUUUAAGUUUCAGAAAUAUAAAAAGGCAUGGAGGAUAGUAAGAUAAUCACCUCUGUGUCCAUGACUCACUUUAAGGUGUAGAACUUUACAACAAUAGUGGAAGCCCGGUUCAGUAACUCUUCCCAAUUGUGUUCUCCUUCCUGAAUCCCCAGUGACUAUGGUUCUGGCUCCUGUGACUCUUGUUCCUGUGCUUGUCUUCUCAGCCUCGUCUCCCAGUGCAGGUGCUGUUAGAAGGUUGUAUUGUGUUGUAUAUUUUGUUUUUGUUUUUAAAGAUUUAUUUAUUUAUUUGAAAGUCAGUUACACAGAGAGAGGAGAGGGAGAGAGAGGUCUUCCAUCUGCUGGUUCACUCCCCAGUUGGCCACAAUGGCAGGAGCUGCACCGAUCUGAAGCCAGGAGUCAGGAGCUUCUUCCGGGUCUCCUAGGCAGGUGCAGGGGCCCAAGGACUUGGGCCAUUUUGUUCUGCUUUCCCAGACCACAGCAGAGAGCUGGAUGGGAAGUGGAGCAGCUGGGUCUUGAACUGGCGCCCAUAUGGGAUGCCGGCACUGCAGGCUGCAGCUUAACCCGCUACACCACAGCGCCGGCCCCAAGGUGCAUAUUCUUUUGCAACUAUUUUCCCCAACUUUUUUUAUGUCUCUUUUUCCCAGCAUUAAAAAAAAUUUGUGGGGCCAGUGUUGUGGCAUAGCAGGUAAAGCUGUCACCUGCCACUCCAGCAUACCAUAUGGGAACCCGUUCAUGUCCUCGCUGCUUCACUUCUAAUCCAGCUCCCUGAUAAAGGCCUGGGAAAAGCAGCAAAAGAUAACCCAAGUGCUUGAGCCCUUGCCUCCAUGUAGGAGAACUGGGAGAAGCCUCUGGCUCCUGGCUCAGCUUUAUCCAUUGCAGCCAUCUGAGGAGUGAACCAGUGGAUGGCAGAUUCUUUCUCUCUCUCUCUCUCUCUCUCUCUCUCUCUCUCUCUCUCUCUGUAGCUGUUUCAAACAAAUAAAUACAACUUUUUAAAAAAAGUUUGUUCACAGGGCUGGCGCUGUGGCAUAGGAGAUAAAGCCAGCACCUGCAGUGCCAGAAGAAGCUCCUGGCUCCUGGCUUUAGAUUAGCACAGCUCUGGCUGUUGAGGCCAAUUAGGGAGUGAACCAGCAGAUGGAAGACCUUUCUCUCUGUUUCUCUGCCUCUCCUUCUCUCUGUGUGUAAUUCUGACUUUCAAAUAAAUAAAUCUUUUAAAAAAGUACACAUUUCUUGCAUCCAUCAGUGAUUUACAAAAUAUAAGUAUUUGCCAGAUAAUGUGUGAAUGCUGACUAUUCAGCAUUAAACAAGACUCUUUUAAAAAGACUGUUUACUUAUUUGAAAGGCAGAGUUACACAGAGGCAGAGGUAGAGAGAGAGGUCUUCCAUCUGCUGGCUUGCUCCCCAGAUGGCCGCAAUGGCUGGAGCAGUGCCGAUCCGAAGCCAGGAGCCAGGAGCUUCUUCCAGGUAUCCAACAUGGGUGCCCAAGGACUUGAGUCAUCUUCUACUGUUUUCUCAGGUCAUAGCAGAGAGCUGGACUGGAAGUGGAGCAGCUGGGACUCAAACUGGCACCCAUAUGGGAUGCUGGCACUGCAAAGGGCAGCUUUACCCACUAAGCCACAGCAUCGGGCCCUGCGUCACUUCUGGUCCAGCUCCCUGCUGUGGCCUGGGAAAGCAGUAGGAGAUGGUCCAAGUGCUUGAGCUGCUGCCACUGACAUGGGAGACCCAGAGGAAGCUCCUGGCUCCUUGCUUCCUCCUGGCCCACCACAGAGUGAGCCAACAGAUGGAAGAUUUCUCUCUGUGUGUCUUGUCUCUCCCUGUCUCUCGAACUCUGCCUUUCAUUCCCUGCUCGCCGCCUCAGGAUUUAUUUUUUGAAAGAGUUAACAGAGAGGGACAAACAGAAAGAGACAUCUUCCAUCCGCUGAUUGACUCCCCAGAUGGCUGAAACAGCUGGGCCUGGGCCAUAAGGAAGCCUGGAGCCUAGAACUCCAUCUGGUCUUCCAUGUGGGUGGUAGGGUACCUGGGCUACCUUCCAGUGCCUUCCCAGGCACAUUAGCAGGGAGCUGAAUCAGAAGUGAAGCAGUAUCUAGGAUUGGAUCCAGUGUCUCAUAGAGGGAUGCUGGUGUUACAGGCUGCUAGAAUGCUGACAACUAAACAAUACUCUUGACUCAGCAUUCUUUGCUAAAAGCUAAAGGCUGUAAUAAUAAGGAUGUGAUUGUUUAUCAUACCUACAAAUUAACAGGUUCUUAAUGCCAUCAAAUAGCCAGUCAAUGUUCAGAUCUCCAAAUUUCUAAGUGCCCUUUUUUUAACAUUCUGUUUGAAUCAAGUCCCUGAUUUUUCUUCUUUCUUAUUUUUAUUUAUUUGAAAUUGACAAAGCGAGCAAGACAGAGGCAUCAUCUGGUCACAUCUCAAAUGCCUUCAAUAGCUGAGGCUGGGCCAGGCCAAAGGUAGGAGCCUGGAACUCAGCCUAAGUCUCCCAUUUGAAUGUCAGAGCCCCAAGUACUUGAGCCAUACCCCACUGCCUCCCAGAGUGUGAACCUGCAGGAGGCUGGAAUCAGAAGUGGAUCUGGGGGGCCAGCACUGUGGCUUAGUUGGCUAAACCUCCACCUGCAGCACCAGCAUCGUAUGGGCACCAGUUCAAGUCCCAGCUUUCCAGCUGCUCCUCUUCCCAUCCAGCUCUCCGCUAUGGCCUGGGAAAGCAGUAGAAGAUGGCCCAAGUCCUUGGGACCCUGCACCCUUCUGGGAGACCUGGAAGAAGCUCCUGGCUCCUGGCUUCUUAUCAGCUCAGCUUUGACUAUUGCAGCCAUUUGGGGAGUGAAUGAGCAGAUGGAAGACCUUUCUGUCUUCUGUCUCUCUGUCUUUAAGUCUAUAUUUAAAAUAAAUAAAUAAAAUAUUUUUUUAAAGAAGCCUGAAAAAGAAAAAAAGGAAGGGAGGGAGGGAGGGACCUGGGACUCUGGUUUGGGAUGCAGGAUGCCCCGUUUUCUUUAACGAUUUAUUUAUUUUAUUUGAAAGGGACAGAGACAGACAGAGAUAUCUCUUCCAUUCACUGAUUCACUCCCCAGAUGGGCACAGCCUCCAGGGCUGGCCAGGCUGACACCAGGAGCCUGGAACUCCACCUGGGUCUCCAACAUGAGUGGAAGGGGCCCAAAUAAUCAGGCCAUCUUCCUCUGCUUUCCCAGGUGCAUUAACAGGGAGCUGAUCCAAAUCAGAGCAGCCAAGACUGGAAUCUGCUCUCUGAUAUGGGAAGCUAGGGUAACAAGUGGUUUAACCUGCUGUGCCACGCCAACCCCGCAGUUGCCGUCUUAGCCACUGUGCCAAUACUGGCAGCAGAAUCGAGUGUGUUUUAGUCGACAGAAUACCCAGCCAGGACACUGAGUGACGUUCUGUUGAACGUUUCUGGGACUGAAGGUCUCACUUGGAGUCAGAGGCUAUUGCUUACCCAGUUGAUGGGUUGAGAAUCCCGGCUUCUCCGAGUGGCUUGUGGAAGCCAAUAGCCAUUUCCACAGGUGACUGGUUUGUGUAAUCAUUGGUGUUCAUUAGCUCCAUGGCAGAGAGUUUGGAGUUCUCUGUGGUCUUUGUGUAAAGAGCACCUGCCUUUCUUCUUAACAUCUCAUUAGAUGGUUAUGUGGCUGCUACCAUUUACCGUGCUGAGUAAGACAAAUAACACUUGUGCGUUAGUAAUCCACGCUAGGCAAGGACUGAUUCUCAUCAUCUCACCAUGCUCUCAUUCUUCCUGGAAGCCGAGGAAGGGUGUGGGAUGAGAUGAAAGAGUGAGGAGAUGAAGAAAUGAGAUCAGGUCCGUGUGAGUGGACGUGACCCGUACUGUGCCUCGUCACUCGGGGAGCCCUGCUCUCCGCCCGCACACGGCCAGCCUCUUCACCUCUGUCUUGUGCUUGGGCACUCGCCGUCCUUCACACUGCUGCAGAGCGGCGUCCUCCGGGAAGCCCACAGUGCAGGCUGCCCACGCUGUCCUCGGUGUCGGCAUCGAGGUAACGUUAGUGCUUUGGUAACAAUUAGGAUAUUUCCCCCUUUUUUUAUAACAAUAAAGUAGAAGUGAGACAGGAGGCUGCCGACAGCAGUGCUGAGGAGCACGGCUCUGAUCGAUGUCAGAGCAUUCAGACUCGGAUGAGUGCCUCAGGGUCGCAGGUGGUGUCCGGCUUCAUCUGACCUCCGAGUCCCAUGCCCAUCAGCAUUCAGUUGUUAAGAGCAAAAGGAAGGGCCGGUGCCACAGCUCACUAGGCUAAUCCUCCGCCUUGCGGCGCCGGCACACCGGAUUCUGUCCCGGUUGCCCCUCUUCCAGGCCAGCUCUCUGCUGUGGCCAGGGAGUGCAAUCCUUGGGCCCUGCACCCCAUGGGAGACCAGGAUAAGCACCUGGCUCCUGGCUUCGUAUCAGCGCGGUGCGCCGGCCGCAGCGUGCCAGCCGUGGCGGCCAUUGGAGGGUGAACCAACAGCAAAGGAAGACCUUUCUCUCUGUCUCUCUCUCUCACUAUCCACUCUGCCUGUCAAAAAAAAAACAAAA